CUCCAAAUCAUAAAAGGUCGGCGCGCGUGGGGAGUAAAAUAAUUUGAACAUCUUAUUAUUUGGGGAUUUAACCUACAACUCAAGAAGUCCAGCAACUGUCCAACUUCCUACCUCCCCUGUGACGCGUCGUGAACCCUUCUUCUCACCCAUCUCUCUGAUCCUUCAUUGCGGAGCUCGUACAACGGGAUACGACGUCGACGUCGAGCGUUGCGGUAAAUCAAUGAACUCUCUCUAUCAACAUGUCUAAACCAUUCUGCCAUAUCACUCACCUAGAUAACUGUAUGUGCGACGUCUUGCUUUGUUUUUUUAAGAACUGCAGGGUUUUGCGGCUUUAUGGUUCAUCGUUGUCUAUGGUUAUCUCCAUAGUGUAAUUUGGUGUUGUAACUUAGCGUCGGUGAUUUUAUUGAAAGUAAAACGUAUGACCCUGCAUUGUAAUCUUAACCUAGUUGCUUGAAUUGAAAAUGUCAGGAAACUACAAUAAUUUUAAAGCUUCUCUGGGUGAAUCCGACAGAUUGGAUGUAAUUAUGAUGAUUGUUUAUAUUAUAGUGUCGUCCCUUUCGUUGUACGUUCAGUGAUUAGAAUAUGUUAUACUAAUCUAUCUAUCGUUUAAUGAGCAGUGGGGUCAUGUCUUCCCGGCAAUCCAUGUUGAUUUCAAGGAAGACUUCAAAUUCUAAUAGGCAUUCCUCUACUGUGGAUGUAAGACAAGAUGUUUCGCCCUCUAAGAAAAGAACACGAGGCCCAACAAUGUGCAUGCCAAUUUGGGGUAUGCAACCGGGGGAGCGAAUUCAAAUCACAGUAAAUGAUCUUGGACAGCCCACUGGUGAUGGUUCCACAAAGCUGGGAAACUUUCUUGGUACCUUAGCACGCAAUGCAAUAUAUGCACCUCUACAUUAUGAGGAUUGGAGGCUUAUGCCCAAACAUUACAAGACUACCAUGUGGAAUAUGGUACAGGAAAAGUUUGACGUGGACAUAUUUCUUUAUAAUUGGGUCAUGACCUCAUUGAAUAAGAAGUGGGGGAGAUUUAAGUCAAAUGUGAAAUCCGAUUGGAUCAACAAAAAAACAAAAGACACAAGAGUAUGUGAUGAAGAUUGGCGGUGGUUAUUGGAAUAUUGGAGCACCGAAAAAGCUAUGCGGCGUGAGAAGGUGGGAAAAGAGAACAGAAAGAACAUGUUAUCAGCUCAUACCAUGGGCACUAAAAGCUAUGCCCGCUUCAAGGAAGAGAUGAAAAGAAAACGACCAGAUAAGUCGGAGCCGACUCGUGCUGAGCUUUAUAUUGCAAGUCAUGUACGACCUGGUGGGAAGCCAUUGAAUGAUAAAGUUGCUAAAGUCAUUGAGAAAUUGAAGGACAAAAUGCAAGCACAACCUCCUACUUCACCUGAUAGUUCUGGACCAAAUGAGAUAUUGUCUCAAGUGCUAGAGGACAAACCUUAUUACUCAAGAGCAUAUGGAUUAGGACCCAACUGGGGAAUCAAGAAUUCACGUUGCUCAAUUGUAAAGGCUGCGCUAGAGGCUAAGAAAAAUGCUGAAGAUAAAGCACCAAGGGUGGAAGAAAAACUAAACAAAGUGUUGGGGCAACAAGACAAGAUAUUGGCUUUGCUACACAAGGACAAUCCGAAUUUGGAUUUGGAUGAAAUAAUGGAUGAACCAAAUGAGAAUGAAAUCCCCAAUGUAGGAGAAUCUGAUGAACUAGGAACUGGUCCACUACUUCCCCUAUUACAAUCAUCAACAGCAAUACCAGAAACUCAAUUAGCUGAUGAUGAAACACCAAAUUGUAUUCUUGAUACUUUUAUUCCUCUACGUCGUACCAUCUUGCCAAGGGGGGGUCUUCGGAUGUGGAAGUGCAGACACAAGGAAAAGAGAAAGAUGAUUCAUUCUUCAAUUACAUGGUUAACUCAUAUCAAAAAAAAGGUACACAUACACUGGAAAAUGAGUUGGAUGGGAGUAAUAUUGAUGAUACCGACUCAUAUAGUACCACUCCGGGACUUUCCUGUGUUAAAUUGUACAGCUUGCAUGAUCCUACUCUAGAGGUAGCAAGAGGAGGGAUAGUGAGCAAAAAUCCACGUUGUUGUGUAGGGGAUCAAGAAUUGGGAAAAGGCUUCUAUGAAAUAUUUGUUAAUGUAGCAAUCGAGCCUGAGGAGCAUUUAGUACGCCCAUAUGAAAGUUAUCAAACCAUUGGAGAUGCAGUAGCAGAAUCGAUCGCUUGGCCACCGUGUUUGGUAAGUUAAUACAAGAAAAUUUGUUAAGAGCCACACCUAGUUGUACAUGUAUAUGGUAUGUGGCUGAUCCGGUCCGGUUGGUGUAUUUGUUCAUGUGUAACAGGUGAAGAAGACUGGUGUUGUUAGACCAUUAUGAUUAUUGGUCAAAGCUAUUGAGGGCGAAGACUAUCUUAGUUGAAUAGUUGGUUCUUAAUUUCGUGGUCCAACUUUGAUGUUGUUGAGUGAACAAUGACAUACAUUUUAGUUCUAUCUAUGUAAUUUUCACAUGAGGUUUAUGAUGGAUUUUAGGAAUAUGGUUAUAAUUAAAAAAAUAUAUUUUCAUUAUUUUUAUAAUUGCAUUUAUAUUACAAAUUAUUGUCGUGAUAUAAUUGUUUUAUUGUCAAAAUCAAUAAUAAGAAGCAUAUGUAAUUGUCUCGAUAUAAACCAUUAGAGACAAAAAAAAAAACAUGUCUCCGAAAGUCUAUAAAGACAACCAUCUGAUACAUGGAGUUAUUGGAGGCAAUAAUAUGCGCCCCUAAAAUGUGAUAACACAACAAAUUAUUUGCGUCCCAAAGUUAAAAUAGAGAUAAAAUUAUUUGUUUCCAAAUAUAUUCAUUAGAGGCAAAUGGUUAUGUUUCUAUAAAGGUUUUUGUAUGUA